AUGGAAGAAAUUGAAAUCCUCAAAAAAAACCUAAACACGGAAAAGGUUUUCUACGACUUGAAUUGGCACGAACUGGUUUUGGACAACUCGUUCGACCCUUCCGUUUAUGAAAAGUUCGAGCCUUUUAAAAUUGGUAAACAGGGGAAGUUACCAUAUGCUUCACAGGAUAAUGAAAAAAGUGGGCACGUCGAUAGCUACCUAGCAGGGGAGUACAUUCAACAGGUGGAGAGAAAUACCAUAGGUGGAGAUGACUUGAGAGAUGCCCAACUACAGCACCGAGCUAUGUAUCAUAAUAAGAAAGCGGACAAAGGGGGUAGGACAGACAGGUCGGCAAACUCAGGGGGCAGUCCGGAACGCCCACGACGCAGACGUGAGAAAAAAGGCACCUCCAACGGCCAAAAUCAUCACCUGGUUGAAGCGGAGUCCAUUCCAAGCACCCCCAUCCAGCUGUACACACCGGACAUUACACACCAAAAGAAGAGGCAGGGAGAAAUAAAAAAAUGCGACUUCAUAGAGGAAAUAAAAUCCCCCCAGACAUCCAGCCCGGUGAACUUUGUCCCCCCCGUGAACAUCCUCUACGAUGAAGAAAAGGUUGUAUUUUAUUUUUUCAUUUCAGGAGACUUAAAAAAUUUUAAUAUUUCCUCAAACAAUAAUUAUGUUACAAUAUCAGGCAGGAAGAUCCCCUACGAUGUUCACAGAUUUGCCGAUUAUUAUUCCCAUGAAAUCAGGGGGGGGUAUUUUGUGCGCAGCUAUCUUUUCAUGAAGCCGAUUCAGCAGGAGCGGAUUCGUUAUGAGCACAGAGACGGGGUCGUCAAGGUGUUUGUCUUCCUUUCCAAGGGAUAG